GUGUUAAAUUGAACCACAAAAAGUCUAUAGAGAGGAAGGUGGCAAUAUCUCUUGGUGUACUAUAAAUUCCAAUCCCCAUUUCUCAAUUUACUCGUUGUCUAAGUCUCUAAGAUCUCAUUCUAGUUUUAGCAACCCACCUAACCCCACUCUCUCCCCUCUUCCCCUCCCUCUCCCUACUCUCCGCUUCUCAAUUCUCAAUUCUCAAUUCUCAAGAUAAUGUUUUCAAUAUCCUCUAUCCACCCAAUUGCCACCGCCAAGCACCACUCAAAACAACCCCUACUUCAACAACAAAAACAACAAUGCUCUGCUCCCUAUGUCAACACAACUCCUUCCCACCUCUCUCUCCCUCUCCGUAUAAAACACCUCCACGCUCGCUGCGCCGCCUCUGACUCCGUGUUCAACCACGAUAUUGGUGUGCCUUUUGUCUCAACACGCGCUUCCGGCGAGGUGCCGGAGGUUAACAGUAGAGAUAUUAAGCUUAAGAUCGCGAUCAUUGGGUUCGGGAACUUUGGUCAGUUUUUGGCUAAGACUAUUACUAAGCAAGGUCACAGAGUUUUGGCUUACUCCCGGUCAGAUUACUCCCGUGCUGCUAAGGAGAUCGGCGUCGAGUAUUUCUCCGACGCCGAUGAUCUUUGCGAAGAGCAUCCCGAGGUGAUACUCCUAUGCACUUCAAUCCUCUCAACAGAGAAGGUCCUCCGUUCGCUCCCCCUCCACCGCCUUCGCCGGUCCACCCUCUUCGUGGACGUCCUCUCGGUGAAGGAGUUCCCGCGUUCACUUUUCCUCCAAGUCCUUCCUAAAGACUUUGACAUCCUUUGCACCCACCCCAUGUUCGGCCCAGACUCAGGCAAAAGCGGAUGGGGUGGGCUCCCCUUUGUCUUCGACAAAGUCCGAGUCGGGUCGGACCCAACCCGGGCGGCUCGGACUGAGGCGUUCCUAGACAUUUAUAGGAACGCCGGGUGUAGGAUGGUGGAAAUGACAUGCGCGGACCACGACAAGCACGCGGCUGGGUCGCAAUUCAUAACCCACAUGAUGGGCCGGGUUUUGGAGAAAUUAGCCCUCGAAAACACACCGAUUAACACGAAAGGGUACGAGAGUUUGUUGAACUUGGUGGAUAAUACGGCCCGGGACAGCUUUGAGUUGUUUUACGGACUGUUUUUGUACAACAAGAACGCGAUGGAACAAUUGGAUAGAAUGGAUUGGGCUUUCGAGAUGGUAAAGAAGCAACUUUCGGGUUAUUUGCAUGAUCUUGUUAGGAAACAAUUGAUGCUAGAGACUACCAAUGAACAAGUUGGGUUUGAUCAGACGUUCAUGCUUCCUUCUCCUGCCGAUAAUCCUCGUCAAACACCACCCUCGGCUGCCGUUUCCGAGAAUUCGAAACCCGAUUUUGUGGUGGUAAAUGGUAAUAAUUCUAGAUAGUGUUAGCAUAAAAACGACGACAACCACAAUGACGACAACAUAGUCCCGGUAUUGUAUUAAGACAAUAGAGUUGGAGUUCGGGUUGAUAUUAUUUGGGCCGCGGGUUCCUAAAUCCAUUUCAGCCUCAUUAACUUCAUUUUUUUGUUACUUGGAGAUGGUGAUCGAAUGUAUUAAGCAUGUAGUAUAAUACUCCGUAUUACUUUAAAUCAAGCUAAAUAUAAUAAAAGCUUUUCAUUUUGUGUAGAAAGUUUCAUGGGGUUGAUAUAUAAAUGUAUAAAUCAUGAAAUUUUGAUGAAUUUUUUUAUGUGUUGGCUAUAUGGUCCUAUUUUUUUGGACUUUA